UUCGCGGCUCAUCGCAACCAUCGCAUAGAAACGUCCGCGUGCCCGAAAACUUCUGGUGAAACGAUGGUUGCACGUGGUUGCGCGACAAACGAUUUGAUUCCGAGUUUACUCUUCGUAACGAUCUUUACCAUACUUCUGACACGAGGGACUCUCUCGUAUCGUUAUCAUUAUGAAGAUUAUGACACAAUGAUGGGUACAUGCCGGGAGAAUGAGGUGUGCAACAUCGUUCAUCAUCGCCACUGGAUGCCGAGUACGGUGGACAAAGUGUGCAGGUGCCCGCUAAAUACACCAAGCUGCCCGGUGGUGCAUACACGCCACGGGAACGUGAUGAAUGUGAACAGCCGGACGCAGAUGAAGUUCUGCGCACCGCUGCGCAAUCUGCGCCCGUGCCGCGACGGUGAGAUUGCACUGCGCCGCAAAACUCUGUACCAAUCGUACGGCGUGAAAAAUGUGUCGAUCGUUGUCGACUGUCUGUGCGACCAUCGGCAGAGCUACUGGACGUUUCACAAUCGGUCUGGCGAAGACUUUAACGAUGCACGGCACUUGUUUACGGUGGUGCAAAAUUACAAAUGCGUAGCAAUGAAACGUUGCGCACCGCACGAGUUCUGUGGCUAUGGGCGACGCGAUUACGGGUUUAUCUAUCAUCGCUGCACCUGCCCAAUGUCGCACCAGUGCAAAUUCGAUCUGGACGAGUACGAAGAUGACGUCAGUGAGCUGUUUUAUCAAGGACCGGCAUACUUAGCCCGGUGCGUCCCCAUUUACGAUUACGACUGGUGGUGAAGUGCGCUCAACCUACCUGCACGGAUUGUGAGGCUAUCGUUUUCGCCACCGCACGGGCACGAUCUUCAAAACGCUCUGGUGGUACCGUUUCCGUUAUCAGCCCGUAAUCCAACGCUACCGUUGCCGUCAAACGUUUGCCCUGCAUAAACAGAUCCGCCACCUGCCGGAAAACAGAAACCGAAUUAA